AAAGGAGCCAUGGAAUUGCAAAAUCAAAAUCCACAUGUGGCACUAUUUGUAAGUCCAGGCAUGGGCCACUUAUUCCCUCUGGUAGCUCUCUCGAAGCGCUUGUUCUCCCUGCACGGCUUCCACUCCACCAUCUUCUUCGCCUCAGCCGAAGCCCACACUGCCACUGCCCAAUCACAACUUCUUCAUUCGCUACACCUCCCCUCCGCCAUCCGCAUCGUCCAUCUCUCGCCGCCCGAUAUAUCGGCCUUCGUCACUAACCAAACAUCCACCUGCACCCGUAUUAGUAUCACCGUCAGAGAAUCAAUCCCAGCCUUAAGAGCUGCUCUUGCUGCCAUGUCACCGCAGCCCAUUGUGCUGAUUGUCGAAUUGUUCGGCACCUACGCUUUCCCCAUCGCAGACGAGCUUGGCAUCCCCAAAUACCUUUACAUUCCGACAACGGCAGCGUUCUUGGCGUUGACGGUGUAUGUGCCCACGCUGCAUAAAGAGAUAGAGGGUGAGUACGUGGACAUGCAAGAACCGGUUCGCAUCCCAAGUUGCAAGCCGAUUCGGGUGGAGGACUUGGUCGACCCAAUGAUGGACCGGAAGGACGACCAGUACGAGUACUAUCUAUGUAUGGGGUGCACUUUCCCCUUGGCAGAUGCGAUACUGAUAAACACGUGGGAGGAUUUGGAGCCAACAACACUCGGAGCCCUUCGAGAGGAUCCAAUCCUACGUCGGAUCUUGCCCCUUCCGAUUUAUCCGGUGGGUCCAAUAGUGAAUUCCGCGGGCCCACCUUGUGUCCAAUCACGUGCUGAAUGUCUGGUGUGGCUGGAUGAACAACCCGUGGAGUCGGUGAUUUUCGUAUCGUUGGGGAGCGCCGGAACACUGUCGGAGGAGCAACUCAUUGAGUUUGCAUUCGGGUUGGAGCUGAGUGGGAAACGAUUUCUUUGGGUGGUGCGUCCGCCGGCAGGGAAGGAUGGGGCUUUCUUCACCGUAUUGGGUGGGGGCACAGACGGAGACGAUGAGCUGUCUAGGUACCUGCCGGACGGGUUCUUGAAUCGGAACCGAGAGGUAGGGUUGGUAGUCCCCAUGUGGGCCCCGCAGGUGGAGGUGUUAAGCCAUCCAUCGAUUGGAGGGUUCUUAUCACAUUGUGGAUGGAAUUCAACGCUGGAAAGCAUAGUGAACGGAGUGCCAAUGAUCGCUUGGCCGCUGUACGCGGAGCAGAAGAUGAAUGCGACGAUGCUGGAGGAGGAAGUAGGGGUGGCGGUGAGAACGAAGGAGUUGCCAACAAAGAGAGUGGUGGGAAGGGAAGAGAUAGAGAAGCUUGUGAGAUCGGUGAUGGAAAAGGAAGGCGAAGGGGAAGCACUGAGGAGUAAAGUGAAGGAGGUGAAGGAGAGUGGGUUGAGAGCGGUGGGUGAGGGUGGGUCUUCUCGGGAGUGGCUCUCUCAUGUUGCGCAGCAGUGGGAGAUUGGUUAUGCCAAAGCAAAGUCAGGGGAGAGAACAUCACAAGAGGGAGAGAUCGAUAUAGCUCAUGAGUAGUCAUGAAC